AAAUGGCGGAAGGCAAUGGCGAACUGGUAGAUGACAUCAAUCAAAAAUCAGAAGAUCGCGGCGAUGGUGAAAGAACAGAAGAUUAUCCAAAACUUUUGGAAUAUGGCUUAGAUAAAAAAGUUGCCGGUAAACUAGAUGAUAUAUAUAAAACAGGAAAACUCGCCCACGUAGAAUUAGAUGAACGCGCACUGGAUGCGCUUAAAGAGUUUCCGGUUGAUGGUGCCUUGAAUGUAUUAAGUCAGUUCCUGGAAUCAAAUUUGGAACAUGUAUCGAAUAAAUCUGCGUAUUUAUGUGGGGUUAUGAAAACCUAUCGACAAAAAAGUCGAGCCAGUCAACAAGGUGUACCAACACCAGCAACCACAGUGCAAGUUAAAGGACCAGAUGAGGAAAAAAUCAAAAAAAUACUAGAACGUACCGGUUACACUUUAGAUGUGACCACGGGCCAGCGCAAAUAUGGUGGACCACCUCCUAAUUGGGAUGGUCCGGUACCGGGUAAUGGUUGCGAGGUAUUUUGUGGGAAAAUACCCAAAGAUAUGUUUGAGGAUGAACUAAUACCCCUGUUUGAAAAUUGUGGCACCAUUUGGGAUUUACGAUUGAUGAUGGAUCCUAUGACUGGUACAAAUCGUGGUUAUGCAUUUGUUACUUUUACCACAAGAGAAGCCGCCUCUAAUGCCGUCAAACAGCUCGAUAAUCAUGAAAUAAAACCUGGCAAGUGUCUGAAAAUAAAUAUAAGUGUACCGAACCUGCGCCUAUUUGUAGGCAAUAUACCCAAAUCGAAAGGCAAAGAGGAGAUUUUAGAGGAAUUUGGUAAAUUAACAGGUAAAUUACUGAAUGAUUAUGAAAUUCGGAAAGGCAAAAAGAUUGGUGUAACGAUAUCAUUUAAUAAUCACCGGCUUUUUGUCGGCAAUAUACCUAAGAAUAGAGAUCAUGAUGAAUUAAUUGAGGAAUUUGCUAAACAUGCACAUUUAUUUUUUGAAAACUUUAUUAAUGUUUUCUUUCGUUUUUUUUUUUACACAUUUAAGGUCUCCUUAGCAAAGCCACCUUCAGAUAAAAAGAAAAAAGAAGAAAUUUUACGUGCUCGUGAACGCAGAAUGAUGCAAAUGAUGCAAGGACGUCCUGGUGGUCUAGUAGGAAAUCUAUCGCCAACACAUCCCGGCAUGAUACCAUUAGGUACACCCAUGCGUAUACCAGGUGCUCCCAGAAUUCCUCUACGUACACCAAUGCCACGUGACUAUGAUUAUGAUUAUGACUUUUAUGGUUAUUCGGAUUAUCGCGGUGCUGGCUACAAUGAUACGUAUUAUGAAGAUUUUUAUCGUACCUAUGAAGGAGAAUAUUUCUUUGAUUAUCCACCCGGUGCGGUGGCACCACUACCGCCAACUGUUGGUAGUGGCGCUGCUGCAGGUGGUUUACCCAGAACAACGCGUAAUAAUGUGGGGGUUGGCCGUGGGCGUGGAAUCACAGCGCGUGGCCGAACCGUUGGGCUCCGUGGCAACAUCAAUCGUCAGGGGGCCCCUCAAGCGGCGGUGGUGGCGGCGGCGGUGGCGGCUCAACGGGGGGCCACCGUUCAGGGGGCUCUGCAAGCAACCGGGGGGGUCCGUGGGGUGGGACAAAUUCGUCCCAGCGCUCGUGGCACUCAGCACGCCAAACCGCUACAAAAUUUACCAGUAGUAGUCGGUAAACGUAAAUUUGAUGGAGGUCACCAAAAUCCAGCAGAUAUUAAGCGACGUUACCCAGGCGGUUUAAUAGGAAAUGGCGGCAGUUGGGGCAGUUUACCACUACCACAACAACCAUUAGGCACUAAUGGUGAACAAUGGUAUACGGAUACGUUUUCAACUUGGAGUUAAAAAAACUAAAUUUUCAAUUUCAAUUCAAAUAAAAAAAUAAUUAUACAUGUUUUUUUUUUUAAUUUUAUAACAAAAUUUAAAUUUGAAAAAAAGAAAGAAAAAAUAAUAUUAUAUAAUAAUUAAAGCUAAAAACACACAGACAUACACAUCUACAAUAAUUACAUUUUAUAGAAGAAAAGAAAAACAAAAUUUAAUUAAAAUUAAAAAUAAUAAUAAUAAUAA